AUGAAGGCUGACAUUAUCUAUGAUCCAACACUCAUCCGGCCCUCCACUCUAACAAAGCAAAUUGAAGAUCUGGGAUUUUCUGCACAAGUUCUGGAGGUGACACGGGCUGCUGAAAUACUUGGUGAUGAAGGCAUCCAAACUCUGGAGGUCACUAUUCAAGGAAUGACCUGCAGCUCCUGCGUGAAUUCAAUUGAGACAGCACUCAAGAAGCUGCCCGGUGUCACCUCGGCUGCCGUAGCCCUUGCUACAAAACGUGGAAAGGUGGUCUUUGACUCUCGUUUUGUUGGAGCACGAUCCAUCCUGAAGACUAUCGAGAAUAUGGGCUUUGAGGCGUCUGUCUACAAGCCGGAAUUUAAGAGUGCUCAAGACUUUGACGACACCAAAAGAUGGCGUUGUGUCUUUCUUACCAAUCUGGCUCUCGGUUUGCCAACCAUGUUUGCUAUGAUGCUAUUCAUGCUGAUUUGGCCGCAUAGUCCGUUUGGUGGCUACUGUCAAUCGCGAUCGCAUAACACUUCCAAUGCUGCUUCCCAGCCUCACUUCCAGCCAAUGCUCUUGCCUGGUCUCUCUUGGGAGAAUUUCAUUCUCUGGCUUCUAGCUACUCCAGCUCAGGUGAGGCUUGGAUUCACGCGGUGCAUUAUUCAAGUGGGACAUUUUAUGCUCACUCUCCUUAGGGCGGUGGGGAGGGGAGGGUGA